AUGUCUCAACCACCUAACCAGGCCAACCAUUUGUCUCAACCACCUAACCAGGCCAACCAUUUGUCUCAACCACCUAACCAGGCCAACCAUUUGUCUCAACCACCUAACCAGGCCAACCAUUUGUCUCAACCACCUAACCAGGCCAACCAUUUGUCUCAACCACCUAACCAGGCCAACCAUUUGUCUCAACCACCUAACCAGGCCAACCAUUUGUCUCAACCACCUAACCAGGCCAACCAUUUGUCUCAACCACCUAACCAGGCCAACCAUUUGUCUCAACCACCUAACCAGGCCAACCAUUUGUCUCAACCACCUAACCAGGCCAACCAUUUGUCUCAACCACCUAACCAGGCCAACCAUUUGUCUCAACCACCUAACCAGGCCAACCAUUUGUCUCAACCACCUAACCAGGCCAACCAUUUGUCUCAACCACCUAACCAGGCCAACCAUUUGUCUCAACCACCUAACCAGGCCAACCAUUUGUCUCAACCACCUAACCAGGCCGACCAUUUGUCUCAACCACCUAACCAGGCCGACCAUUUGUCUCAACCACCUAACCAGGCCAACCAUUUGUCUCAACCACCUAACCAGGCCAACCAUUUGUCUCAACCACCUAACCAGGCCAACCAUUUGUCUCAACCACCUAACCAGGCCAACCAUUUGUCUCAACCACCUAACCAGGCCAACCAUUUGUCUCAACCACCUAACCAGGCCAACCAUUUGUCUCAACCACCUAACCAGGCCAACCAUUUGUCUCAACCACCUAACCAGGCCAACCAUUUGUCUCAACCACCUAACCAGGCCAACCAUUUGUCUCAACCACCUAACCAGGCCAACCAUUUGUCUCAACCACCUAACCAGGCCAACCAUUUGUCUCAACCACCUAACCAGGCCAACCAUUUGUCUCAACCACCUAACCAGGCCAACCAUUUGUCUCAACCACCUAACCAGGCCAACCAUUUGUCUCAACCACCUAACCAGGCCAACCAUUUGUCUCAACCACCUAACCAGGCCAACCAUUUGUCUCAACCACCUAACCAGGCCAACCAUUUGUCUCAACCACCUAACCAGGCCAACCAUUUGUCUCAACCACCUAACCAGGCCAACCAUUUGUCUCAACCACCUAACCAGGCCAACCAUUCGUCUCAACCACCUAACCAGGCCAACCAUUUGUCUCAACCACCUAACCAGGCCAACCAUUUGUCUCAACCACCUAACCAGGCCAACCAUUUGUCUCAACCACCUAACCAGGCCAACCAUUUGUCUCAACCACCUAACCAGGCCAACCAUUUGUCUCAACCACCUAACCAGGCCAACCAUUUGUCUCAACCACCUAACCAGGCCAACCAUUUGUCUCAACCACCUAACCAGGCCAACCAUUUGUCUCAACCACCUAACCAGGCCAACCAUUCGUCUCAACCACCUAACCAGGCCAACCAUUUGUCUCAACCACCUAACCAGGCCAACCAUUUGUCUCAACCACCUAACCAGGCCAACCAUUUGUCUCAACCACCUAACCAGGCCAACCAUUUGUCUCAACCACCUAACCAGGCCAACCAUUUGUCUCAACCACCUGGGGUCUGGCUUUUUGUGAUGAUUUGUGACAGUGGAGAGGAGAGGGAAAGAUAA